AUGCCGCCAGUUAGUAAAUUGAAUUUGGGUGACUGUCGUUUUUACGAACAGAAAUACCCAGAACCCGAGGAUCUCGUCAUGGUUAAAGUCAACAGAAUCGAAGCUCAAGGAGUUUAUGUAUCAUUAUUGGAAUAUGAUGAUCGCGAAGGAUUAAUUUUACUGAAUGAAUUAAGUAAGAGAAGGUAUCGUAGUAUAAACAAAUUGGUCAAGAUUGGAAGACAUGAAGUAGUUUUGGUGCUUAGAGUUGACCCCUUAAAGGGAUACAUUGAUUUAUCGAAGAGAAGAGUAACUCCAGAGGAUAUAAUUAAAUGUGAAGAGAGGUUUUCAAAAUCUAAAAAAGUACAUCAAACUGUCAGACACAUUGCACAAAAGCAUGGAAUAUCAGUUGAGGAGUUAAAUAGGGAAUGUAUUUGGCCACUGUAUAAAUCAUAUCCACAUGCUCUUGAUGCACUCAAGGAAGCUGCCGCUAAUAAAGAUAAUGUAUUUAAGAAUAUAUCAAUAUCACAAGAAGUUAUUGAUUCCCUUUUGCAAGAUAUACAAUUACGACUUGUCCCCCAAGCCCUUAAACUCAAAUGUAGUAUUGAUGUAUGGUGUUUUGGACCCGAAGGGAUUAACGCAGUUAAAAUGUCACUUGGUAAAGCCAAACUAUUAGACCCACAGAUUUCAAUAAGAUUAAUUGCUCCACCACAAUAUGAAAUUUUAACAUCUUGUUUCGAUAAGGAAGCCGGUCUGGCACUAAUGAAUCAGACGUUGGAAGUUAUUGAGAAGAAUAUAAAAUCAUUUAUUGGAGGAGACUUUAAGCAGAAGUGCGAUGUGGUGGUAAUUGGAGACGAUGAAAAGCAUCUAGAGGACCUUCUAGAGCUCCAUGAAACCACAGACGAGGAAGAUGAAGGGGAUGAGGAGGAAGAAGAGGAAGAAGAUGAGGGAAUGGGAAGAGUAGACGAGUCAAUGCUACCACCAAACCUCUCUAACGAAAUGGAAGAGGAAGAAGAAUCCGACGAAUAA